AUGGUGACAUUUGGUUAAAGCGAGCGGAUUAAGGUGAUGGAGUACAUGGAGGAUAAGUUUGCGUUGAAAAGCCAAGCGAUGAAGGCCAGCGAUUACUACAUGGAGCAAGUCAUGGAGAGCCUGGACGGGGCGCAGUACUUCUCUAAGUCUUCCCCGAAAUGUGUGCAGGCCUACGGGCUGCAGAGCGGAGAGCACCGCUCGUCGCCCUGCGGAGACCAGAACGGUAAUUACGGUGUGCCAAAAACAGACGACGACACUUUGCACUCGGACCUGGGCCGGUCCAUGGACAAUUGUUGCACUCUGCGGGCCUCUCCCGUCACGUCAGGCCCGGAGAAAACAGAUUUAGACGACAUGGGGGACAAAUGUGACAGCAACGUGUCCAGCAGCAAGAAGAGGAGACACAGGACCACGUUCACCAGCGCGCAGCUGGAGGAGCUGGAGAAAGUGUUUCAGAAAACGCACUAUCCAGAUGUUUACGUGAGGGAACAGCUGGCCAUGAGGACGGAACUGACAGAGGCCAGAGUGCAGGUUUGGUUUCAGAACAGACGCGCAAAAUGGAGGAAAAGAGAGCGCUACGGUCAGAUUCAACAAGCCAAAACUCACUUCGCAGCCACCUACGAUCUAUCAGUCUUGCCGAGGACCGACAGCUACACACAGAUUCCUAACAACCUGUGGCCAAGCCCCUCCCCUGCCAGCUCAGUGGUCUCCUCCUGCAUGCUGCCCCGAGGCUCCCCUCCCUGCGUCACCUCCUACUCACACUCCCCUCGAUCUGCCGCCGGUGCAGCCGACCACGGCUACGUGGGCUUCCCCAACCAGCAGAACCAGUUCAGCCACGUCUCUCUCAACAACUUCUUCAGCGCAGACUCCCUCCUUACGCCGGCUGCCAACGGUCACCACGCUUUUGAGACCAAGCCAGAGUUUGAGAGGCGCUCGUCAAGCAUCGCCGUGCUCCGCAUGAAAGCCAAGGAGCACACGGCCAACAUCUCAUGGGCCAUGUGA